ACGCCGCGUUUCUGUCGCGGCGUCUCUGCACCCGUCUUCGUGACAGAAGGUGCCCAACCGGGUGACUGCCCUUCUUCUCCCGGCCCUCCUCGGCCCGGAGGAGCAGCAGGCUCGGGCCCUCCCACGCCAGCCCUCCCUCCGUCAGCCCCCGGCCCCGGCCCAGAGAGGACGGGGUCCGCCCGGCCCGGGGCGGGCGGCGAGGCCCGGGGCCGGGGGCCGCUCCUCCGCGUCGCGCGUCGGCCCCUCGCGUCGGGCGAUGGGCGGCCUGUGAGGCCGUCCAGCAGGGCGGGGAGGAGGAGCGGCCACCCGCCUGGCCGCGAGCCCCGGCGCGGCCUCCCCUGCUUCCGCGCCGAGCAGCCGCCGCUCGGGGGUCCGCGCGCGCCGCCGCCUCAGGGCCCAGCCCGCCCCGUGCCGCGGCGGCGGCGGGCAGCCGGGCCGCCUCCGUCUGGACUCGGUGCGGGCCGCCGCGCCGCCCCCAUGACCGCGCGCCCCCGCCGCUCCAGCCCGCCCGGCAGCCGCUUGCCGCACGAUGGCUGCGGGCCGUGAGGCGCCAGCCCCCGUGCCUCCGCCCCGCCGCCGCCCCCGACCAGCGCGCCUCGAGAGCCGCAGCGGCCGCCGCAACCGGGCCCGCGGCCCCGCCUCCCGCUCGGGCCGCCGAGUCAGUGCUGAGUGAGGGGCCGUCGGCCCGCAGCCUCGCCGACCCGGGCCGGCCCACUUCUUCUGCGAAUUCGAGCCGCCCGCCUCGCUCCCGCUCCCGCUCCCACCAUGUCUGGCGGCGCCGCCGACCAGCAGAGCAGCGCGCCGGGCUCCCUGUUCCUCUCGCCGCCGGCGCCUCCCCCCAAGAAUGGCUCCAGUUCGGACUCCUCGGUGGGAGAGAAACUGGGCGCCGCGGCGGCCGACGCCGGAGCCGGCAGGACGGAGGAGUACCGGCGUCGCCGCCACACCAUGGACAAGGACAGCCGGGGGGCGGCCGCGACCACCACCACCGAGCACCGCUUCUUCCGCCGCAGCGUUAUCUGCGACUCCAACGCCACGGCGCUGGAGCUGCCCGGCCUCCCGCUCCCGCUGCCCCAGACGAGCGCGGCCGCGGUGGUCCCGCAACGGAGCCCCCCGGAGCCCCAGCGCGAGGAGACCCUGACCCCCGCUGCCGCCCAUGUGGCCCAGCAGCCGCCCGCCGCCGCCGCCGCCCCCGGGGAGCCGGUCGCCGCGGGCCCAGCCGCCGCCUCGGCCCCGGGCAGCGCCGGCAGAGACCGCCAGGUUGCCCAGCCCGGCCACGCGGGGAGCAAAGAGGAGCCCCCGUCGUCGAGAAGUGGCAGCGGCGGCGGCAGCGCCAAGGAACCCCAGGAGGAACGGAGCCAGCAGCAGGAUGACAUCGAAGAGCUGGAGACCAAGGCCGUGGGAAUGUCCAAUGAUGGCCGCUUUCUCAAGUUUGACAUCGAGAUCGGCAGGGGCUCCUUUAAGACGGUCUACAAAGGUCUGGACACCGAAACCACCGUGGAGGUCGCCUGGUGUGAACUGCAGGAUCGAAAGUUAACAAAGUCUGAGAGGCAGAGAUUUAAAGAAGAGGCUGAAAUGUUAAAGGGUCUUCAGCAUCCCAAUAUUGUCCGAUUCUAUGAUUCCUGGGAAUCCACAGUAAAGGGAAAGAAGUGCAUCGUUUUGGUGACUGAACUUAUGACAUCUGGAACACUUAAAACGUACCUGAAAAGGUUUAAGGUGAUGAAGAUCAAAGUUCUGAGAAGCUGGUGCCGUCAGAUUCUUAAAGGACUUCAGUUUCUUCAUACUCGAACUCCACCUAUUAUUCACCGGGAUCUUAAGUGUGACAACAUCUUUAUCACUGGCCCUACAGGCUCAGUCAAGAUUGGAGACCUAGGUCUGGCAACCCUGAAGCGGGCUUCUUUUGCCAAGAGUGUGAUAGGUACCCCAGAGUUCAUGGCCCCUGAGAUGUAUGAAGAGAAAUAUGAUGAAUCCGUUGACGUUUAUGCUUUUGGGAUGUGCAUGCUUGAGAUGGCCACAUCUGAAUACCCUUACUCCGAGUGCCAAAAUGCUGCACAGAUCUACCGUCGAGUGACCAGUGGGGUGAAGCCAGCCAGUUUUGACAAAGUAGCAAUUCCUGAAGUGAAGGAAAUUAUUGAAGGAUGCAUACGGCAAAACAAAGAUGAAAGAUACUCUAUCAAAGACCUUUUGAACCAUGCCUUCUUCCAGGAGGAAACAGGGGUACGGGUAGAAUUAGCAGAAGAAGAUGAUGGCGAAAAGAUAGCCAUUAAAUUAUGGCUACGUAUUGAAGAUAUUAAGAAAUUAAAGGGGAAAUACAAAGACAAUGAAGCUAUUGAGUUUUCCUUUGACUUGGAGAGAGAUGUGCCAGAAGAGGUUGCUCAAGAAAUGGUAGACUCUGGGUAUGUCUGUGAAGGUGAUCACAAGACCAUGGCAAAAGCCAUCAAAGAUAGAGUGUCAUUAAUUAAGAGAAAGCGAGAACAGCGUCAGUUGGUGCGGGAGGAGCAAGAAAAAAGAAAGCAGGAAGAGAGCAGCCUCAAACAGCAGGGGGAGCAGCAGUCCAGUGCUUCCCAGGCAGGAGCCCAGCAGCCCCCUUCGACGUGCACUGGUGGACCUGCGGCCUCUACCACUUCAGCUUCUGUUUCCACACAAGUAGAGCCCGAGGAGCCCGAGGCAGAUCAGCACCAACAGCUGCAGCACCAGCCACCUGGUGUGUCUGUGUUGUCUGACGGGACGGUUGACAGUGGUCAGGGAUCUUCUGUCUUCACAGAGUCUCGAGUGAGCAGCCAACAGACAGUUUCGUAUGGUUCCCAGCAUGAGCAGGCACAUUCCACUGGCACCCUCCCAGGGCACACAGCGUCUGUUGUCCAAGCACAGGCUCAGCCCCAUGGGGUAUAUCCACCCUCAAGUAUGCCUCAGUCCAUGGCGCAUCCGUGUGGGGGGACCCCAACAUACCCAGAAUCACAGAUAUUUUUCCCAACUAUUCAUGAACGUCCAGUUUCUUUUUCACCACCUCCCACCUGUCCACCGAAGGUGGCCAUUUCCCAGCGGCGUAAGAGCACCUCCUUCCUGGAAGCCCAAACUCACCACUUCCAACCCCUGCUGAGGACUGUUGGCCAAAAUCUUCUUCCACCUGGUGGCAGCCCAACUAACUGGACACCAGAGGCUGUAGUUAUGUUGGGUACUGCAGCCAGUAGAGUCACUGGAGAGCCAUGUGAGAUACAGGUCCAACCUAUGUUUGAACCAACUCAAGUUUACAGUGACUAUAGACCUGGACUAGUACUUCCGGAAGAAGCUCACUACUUUAUUCCUCAGGAAGCAGUGUAUCUAGCUGGGGUACAAUACCAGGCCCAGGUGGCAGAACAGUUUGAGGGCAUUCCAUACAACUCACCAGACCUGUCAAGUCCUAUGAGACAGACACCUGAACAGAAGCCAGGGCAAGGGGGCCCUACCUCAAGUUCUGUCUUUGAAUUUCCAUCCGGACAGGCUUUCGUGGUAGGACACCUCCAGAAUUUAAGAUUAGAUUCUGGACUGAGCCCAGGAUCUCCCCUCUCUAGCAUUUCUGCACCUAUCAGUACAGAUGCUACAGGCUUGAAAUUUCACCCUGUCUUUUUUCCUCAUUCUGCACCUGCUGUGUUAACUCAUAACAAUGAGAGCAGAAGCAAUUGUGUAUUUGAGUUUCACACUCGUACUCCAUGCUCCUCUUCAGGAGAAGGAGGAGGAGGAGUUCUGCCUCAGCGCAUUUACCGAAAUCGACAGGUUGCUGUGGACUUGAAUCAGGAAGAACCACCUCCUCAAUCCACAGGAUUACACGGCCGCCUGCAGCCUGUGACUGAAGAACAGCCUGAUUUCCAGGCCCCAGAACUGACCGUCUCUGUGGUAGAGCCCACCGGACAGAGCUGGCCCAUAGGAAGCCCAGAAUAUUCCAGUGAUUCCUCACAAAUCACUUCUUCAGACCCCAGUGAUUUUCAAUCACCUCCCCCUACAGGGGGAGCAGCUGCAUCUUUUGGCUCUGACGUCUCAUUACCCUUUAUCCGUCUGCCUCAGACAGUGUUACAAGAAUCCCCACUUUUCUUCUGUUUCCCCCAAGGAGCCACAUCUCCGCAGGUUUUAUCUGCCUCAUUUUCUUCAGGAGGAUCUGCACUCCAUCCACAGGCACAGGGGCAGAGCCAGGGUCAGCAAUCUUCAAGUAGUUUAACAGGGGUUUCAUCCUCCCAACCCAUACAACAUUCUCAGCAGCAGCAAGGAGUGCAGCAGACAACCCCCUCUCAGCAGACAGCGCAGUAUUCACUUCCCCAGAUGUCAGCCUCCAGUGAGGCCAUGACUGCACAGCCCACAAGUCAGCCUCAACCUCCACAGUCCUUUUCGCAUGUGUCAGCAGGAAAACAGCUUCCAGUUUCCCAGCCAGUACCAACUAUCCAAGGCGAACCUCAGAUCCCAGUUGCGACACAGCCCUCAGUCGUUCCAGUCCAUUCUGGUGCUCACUUCCUCCCUGUGGGACAGCCACUCCCGCCUUCCUCACUCCCCCAGUACUCUGUUUCUCAGAUCCCCUCAGCUCCUCAGCCAGCUUUCUCCCCGCUUCCUGUCACCAUGGCAGCUGGCAUUAAUCAGCCUCUGCUUACCUUGGCUUCCUCUGCUCCAGCAGCUGCAGUCCCAGGGGGACCCGCCGUGGUCCCUAGUCAGCUUCCCACCCUCCUGCAGCCUGUGACUCAGCUGCCAAGUCAGGCUCACCCGCAGCUCCUGCAGCCAGCAGUUCAGUCCAUGGGGAUAGCCGCUAACCUCGGGCAGACUGCUGAGGCUCCACUCCCCUCUGGAGAUGUUCUCUACCAGGGCUUCCCACCUCGACUGCCACCACAGUACCCAGGAGACUCAAAUCUUGCUCCCUCUUCCAGCGUGGCUUCUGUGUGCAUUCCUUCUACAGUCCUGUCCCCUCCCAUGCCGGCAGAAGCACUGGCUGCACCAGGUUACUUUCCUACAGUGGUGCAGCCUUAUGUGGAAUCAAGCCUUUUGGUUCCUGUGGGCAGUAUAGGAGGACAGGUUCAAGUGUCCCAGCCAGCAGUGAGUUUAGCACAAGCCCCCACUACAUCCUCCCAGCAAGCAGCUCUGGAGAGCACUCAGGGCGUCUCUCAGGUGGCUCCUCCAGAGCCAGUUCCAGUGGCUCAGCCACAGCCUACCCAGCCUGCUACAUUGGUCUCUUCUGUAGACAGUGCACAUUCAGAUGUUGCUUCAGGUAUGAGUGACGGCAAUGAGAAUGUCCCAUCAUCCAGUGGAAGGCAUGAAGGGAGAACUACCAAACGGCAUUAUCGCAAAUCUGUAAGAAGUCGCUCUCGUCAUGAAAAGACUUCACGCCCAAAAUUGAGAAUUUUGAAUGUUUCAAAUAAAGGAGACCGGGUAGUAGAAUGUCAAUUAGAGACUCACAAUCGGAAAAUGGUUACAUUCAAAUUUGAUUUAGAUGGUGACAACCCUGAGGAGAUAGCAACAAUUAUGGUGAACAAUGACUUUAUUCUGGCAAUGGAGAGAGAGGCAUUUGUGGAACAAGUGCGGGAUAUUAUUGAAAAAGCUGAUGAAAUGCUCAGUGAGGACGUCAGUGUGGAGCCAGAGGGUGACCAGGGAUUGGAGAGUCUCCAGGGAAAGGAUGACUAUGGCUUUGCAGGCUCUCAAAAAUUGGAAGAGUUCAAACAACCAAUUCCUGCAUCUUCCAUGCCACAGCAAAUAGGCCUUCCUACCAGUUCUUUAACUCAAGUUGUUCAUUCUGCCGGAAGACGGUUUAUAGUAAGUCCUGUGCCAGAAAGUCGAUUACGAGAAUCAAAAAUUUUCAGUGAAGUAUCAGAUACAGUUGCUGCUUCUACAUCUGCUGGUGCUGGAAUGAGCUUGUCUUACUCUGCUUCAUCCCUUAGUCUACAGCAGGCCUUUUCUGAACUUAGACAUACGCAAAUGGCAGAAGGGCCGAGCACAGCACCUGCCAACUUCCGUCCGACGGGGCCAGCGUUCCCAGCAGUGCCCCCUUCCGUGAUCAGCCCUGCUGGAGCUCCAGCCACAGCGGCAGCCGUACCCUCAGCGUCAGCCCCUGCCACGGGCUGCCCUCUUAGUGACGCUUCCGCAUCAGCCGUUCAGUCUGAGGUUGCAGUGCCCACUGAAAAGGGGAUUGCUGGAGUUGCCACCUGCACAGGUGUAAUACCCUCCAGUGGUCUCCCUGUACCACCUGCAUCUGAAUCCCCGAUACUUUCCAGUGUGGUGUCAAGCAUCACAGUGCCUGCAGUCAUCUCAGUAUCAGCGACAUCCCAGUCAGUUCAGGCUCCCACACCUGGGAGCGUCGUUUCCGGUACAGGCACAUUCCCCUCUGUACCAGUCUCAGUGACGGCAGCCUCUGCAGUGAGCAGUGCUGCUGCCCCAGGCGCUAAGCCUUCACCUGUAUCGUCGCAGCAGGUGGCAGGCAGCAUGGCUGGGACAGCCACGCUAACAUCCGUGUCGGCAACCGCUCCAGUCCCGAGUCUAGCUGCACAGCCGUCCCUUCCACCCAGCAGCAGCACCUCUGCUCUUACUCGAGCUGAGACUGUAGUGGUUAGUGCGCACGCACUGGAUAAGAUAUCUCAUAGCAGCAUGACCGGAUUGGCUUUGUCCCUCCCCGCGUCAUCUUCCUCUCCCUCCUCCCUGGGGGCAGGGGUAUCUAGUGCUGUUUCUCAGCCUGGUAUGGCUCAUCCUUUGGUCAUCCCAUCAGCUGUGGCUUCUACUCCUGCCCUUUCCCAGGCAGGACCUACUUCCACACCUUUACUACCCCAAGCUAGUAUCCCACCUUUGGUACAACCUGUUGCCAAUGUGCCUGCUGUACAGCAGACACUAAUUCAUAGUCAACCUCAACCAGCUUUGCUUCCCAACCAGCCCCAUACUCACUGUCCUGAAAUAGAUGCUGAUACUCAACCCAAAGCUCCUGGGAUUGAUGACAUAAAGACUUUAGAGGAAAAACUGCGGUCUCUCUUUAGUGAGCACAGCUCAUCUGGAGCUCAGCAUGCUUCUGUCUCGCUGGACACGUCACUCGUCAUGGAGACCACUGUCACACCAGGCCUCCCAACCACUGCCGUUGCACCAAGCAAACUCAUGACUUCCACUACGAGUACUUGCUUACCACCAACCAGUUUGCCCUUAGGAACAACUGGUUCGUCAGUUAUACCAGCGGUCACUCCUGGGCAAGUUUCCACCCCAGUCAGCGCUGUACCAGGAGUGAAACCUGGAACUGCUGCACCAAAGCCACCUUUAACUAAGCCUCCAGUGUUGCCAGUGGGUACUGAACUUCCAGCUGGUACUCCACCCAGCGAGCAGCUGCCACCUUUUCCAGGACCUUCACUAACGCAGCCCCAGCAGCCCCUGGGAGAUCUGGAUGCUCAGCUGAGAAGAACGCUCAGUCCAGAGACCGUUGUGCUGACGUCUGCAGUUGGUCCCGUGUCCGUGGUGGCUCCAACAGCAGUUGUGGAAGCAGGAGCCCAGCUUCAGAAGGAUGUGUCUCAAGUCACAGAAGGUCCUAUCCUAGCACCCACUUCAGGGACUGGUGUUUUUAAGAUGGGGCGAUUUCAGGUUUCAGUUGCAAUGGAUGAUCCCCAGAAAGAGGGUAAAAAUAAGUCAGAAGAUGUAAAGUCUGUUCAUUUUGAAUCCAGUACUUCAGAGUCCUCAGUGCUGUCAAGCAGUAGUCCAGAGAGUACCCUGGUGAGGCCAGAGCCCAAUGGGAUAGCCGUCCGUGGCGUCUCUUCAGAUAUGCCAGAUAGUAGCGCACGUAAAACUCCUGAAACUGGGCAGCCAACCAAGGUUGGACGUUUUCAGGUGACAACUACAGCAAGCAAAGUCGGUCGUUUCUCCGUUUCAAGAACCGAAGACGAGAUUACUGAGGCAAAGAAGGAGGGACCAGUGGUAUCUCCUCCUUUUCUGGAUUUGGGACAUGACGUUCUUCCUGCUGUGAUACCAAAGAAAGAGAAGCCCGAACUGUCAGAGGCUUCACAUCUGAACGGGCCGUCCUCUGACCUGGAGGCUGCCUUCCUCGCUCGGGAUGUGGACGAUGGCUCAGGGAGUCCGCACUCCCCGCAGCUGAGCUCAAAGAGCCUCCCUGUCCAGGGCCUGAGUCAUUCCUUCAACUCCUCUUACAUGAGCAGCGACAAUGAAUCAGAUAUUGAAGAUGAGGACUUGAAGUUAGAGCUGCGGCGGCUACGAGAAAAACAUCUUAAAGAGAUUCAAGACCUGCAGAGUCGCCAGAAGCAUGAAAUUGAAUCUUUGUAUACCAAACUGGGCAAGGUUCCUCCUGCUGUCAUCAUUCCCCCAGCGGCCCCCCUUGCAGGGAGAAGAAGGCGACCCACCAAAAGCAAAGGCAGCAAGUCUAGUCGCAGCAGUUCCUUGGGGAAUAAAAGCCCUGGACCAGGUAACCUGUCUGGCCAGAGUGCAGCUUCAGUCUUGCACCCGCAGCAGACCCUCCCCGCUCCUGGCAACAUCCCAGAGACGGGGCAGAAUCAGCUGUUACAGCCCCUUAAGCCAUCUCCCUCCAGUGACAACCUGUAUUCAGCCUUCACCAGUGAUGGUGCCAUUUCAGUACCAAGCCUUUCUGCUCCAGGUCAAGGGACCAGCAGCACAAACACCGUUGGGGGAACAGUGAACAGUCAGGCCGCCCAGGCUCAGCCUCCUGCCAUGACGUCCAGCAGGAAGGGCACGUUCACAGAUGACCUGCACAAGUUGGUGGACAACUGGGCCCGAGACGCCAUGAAUCUCUCAGGCAGGAGAGGAAGCAAAGGACACAUGAGUUACGAGGGCCCUGGCAUGGCGAGGAAGUUCUCUGCACCUGGUCAGCUGUGCGUGUCCAUGACCUCAACCCUGGGUGGCUCUGCCCCCAUCUCUGCAGCAUCAGCUACCUCUCUAGGCCACUUCCCCAAGCCCAUGUGCCCCCCGCAGCAGUACGGUUUCCCAACCCCCCCCUUUGGCACGCAGUGGAGCGGCACGGGCGGCCCAGCAACACAGCCACUUAGCCAGUUCCAACCUGUGGGAACUGCCUCCUUACAGAACUUCAACAUCAGCAACUUGCAGAAGUCCAUCAGCAACCCUCCAGGUUCCAACCUGAGGACCACUUAGACCUAGAGGCGUUGACGGAGUAGAUUGGGGGCAGGAGGUGGAGUGGUGAGGGGCAGGUGGAAGGGGGAUGGGAAAGGAGCCUACCUACUAACUACUAGCGCUGCAUUUAACUGGUUAUUUCUUGCCAGACAGGAAUGUGUUUAAUACCGCUUAGAGCCCUCAGAGUGGAGAAUCUCCCUGUGCUUUCACCGUUUAUUGGAGUGGGAUGAGAAGGAAAGAAAGAGCAGGUUUCUUGUGUAUGCUUUGUUAUCUCUCCCCAGCAGUGAGCGCUCGGAAAGAGAAUCGUGUUGAUCAGAAAGCUUCUAGAGAGCUCAGUGGAAAAGCAAAGCCCAUCUGUGUUCUCAAGUAGUGGGGCUCUUAAUCUUGGUACCCACCGCAAGUCCCUUAUCCCCUCAAGAACAUAAACCGCAAGACAAAAAACUAAACUAUUGGGCUCUCUCCUACCCUGUCCCCACCCCAGCCAGUCUUUAGAACCCAGUGAAAACAGCAGGGGACGGAGGUUCCAACCCUCUCUUACGAUAGGUCAUUAGUGCUUUAAGCAGAUGCAGCUUUGACUGCAGCAUUAGCCAUUAGGAAAACAAAAGUAAGUUCCCUGCGGACAUGUAACUUUGCCAUCAGUUUUGAUGUGGAAACACUGUGAUAUAUAAAUGUUGUUGGACAACAGUAGUUUUAAAAGUAAGAUAUGAAAGGUUUAAAAAGUUGAAAAAAGCUAGUUCUGUCCUUUACCUAUUGAGACUUUACUUUCUCCUUUGUAUUUCCAUUGUAUUAGAUAAAUAAAUGUGAAUGUAAAAUUGUAUAAAUUACUGUACUUGAAUACUUCUGUUCUCCCAGUAUUGCUUGCUGGAUGUUUUAGUGCCUUGGACUUCUAUUGCUUCUGCCGUUAACAUCAACUUCUCAUCAGACCCCAGUCAGCAGAAGGGCGUAUGGAAGGAGACCUUGGGUCCAUGUGACCCAGCAGUGGAUUAUGCAAUAAGGAAAUUGAAGGAGUAUUUUUUUUCAAGUCAUUCAACAAUUUUGUCUAGAGCAGGUGUAAGAUGAGCAGGUGAGAAGUUGACAGUAGUGGUUAAAAGCAGAAAACUCUGUUUCAGGACAGGUGAGGAGGGGUGUUGUCACAAAAUCGGGCAAUUUACAAGAUUGAGCGUGGUAUGCGAUAAGUGAUGAAAGAAAAAGAAAGACUACGGGAUGGGAGAACAGACUUGUUUUGAAGAUAGGUGAUGCUUGGCCAGUGGCUGCCAUAAGCCUUACUUACCUGAGCUGGGCUUGAGCAGAGGAGACCUGGAAGAAAUGGCUGAAUAUAAAGGGAAGGGCACGGGGUGGGGUUGUGGGGGGGGGGGGCGCUAGUUUUUAAGCUAGGAAAUGUGAUAGUGAAAUGUCACAGAUGGAGAAAGUUGUUCUAAGAAAAAUCAUUUGGAUUGCUUCCCUCUUGGUGCAAAUGUCCCGUGUAUUUCUCAGCUUGGGGUACUGUAGUUUGUGGAAAGUGGACCCACAUCUGAAUUAAGCAUUGUAGGAAAGAAUGCUUAUUCCUACCCGCUUCCUAUAUAAUGUCCAAAUGGUUGCAGGAUCAUAAUCUCUUGCAUCACCUUAUUUCUAGAAUUAACAGCUGAUAUUCUCACGUUCUCUGUAAACAGAUAUUCCCCUGAAGUAAUAACUGCAACCAACCAGUAUUAUUUAGUGCUGUGCCUAGUUAUAAUGGGCACUUCUGUUACUUUCAGAACUUUCAGGAAAUACUCUCCUCAUUGCCUGAGUUUGGGAUCUCUGUUCUCCCAGAAGGUGGGGAAAGCAGCCAGGACUCUUAAUUUUGGGGUGCUUCUUGUCUUGACUCUUGAGCUGGGAAACUGACCUAUUCCAACCUCUUACCCACCUCAGUGGCACAUCCCAGGAAUCCCCAUGACAGGAAGAGCCUGGAUGGCUGUCCUGUCCUCCGGUGGUCAUUUUCUUUAAGUUAGCCGAGACCCCAAAGAUGCAAAUGAGAGCUGAAGGUUGUAGGAAGGUAGAAAUGAAAAGGGCAGGCGUUCCAAGCUUUGCUUCGAAACUGUUUACUUACUUUUUCUCUGCUUAUAAUCCUCGGGAGAUGACAAGAGUAAGGACGGAACAAGAAGCGCCAAGGAAGUGGGGAAUGGACCCCGGGCAAGGAGGCAGGGCUUUGCAGCAGAGGAAGGAGGAGCUAGAGUGCAGCACGUGACUAUUUUGUUUCUUGGGUUUAAUCAUUUUGAGAUCUCUUCACUCACAGGUGGAAAGUAAGAACUGCUUUUAUUUACUGUUUUUUUCCCCUCCUGUGGAUGAAAUAACUGAAGCCUAGAGGAAUGAACCUAGUGCUACUGAACUGUUUAAAUUAUUUUUGUGUUAAUAGUACACUUUGAGUAUCUUUUUCCACAUUAAAAAAAUUCUUUCUGAA